AUGCACACAAUAUUACAACUACCUUUCAAAUUAAUGACUUUGACUGGCAUCUGGAUGCCCAAAGAGUUUACAAGCCAGUAUGAAAAGCAAGGAUGGACUUUAUAUUCUAUUGCAAGCAUUACUCUAAUGGCGAUUCAGUCUUUAACUCUAAGUAUCACUCUGAUAUUGUCUGAAAACUCAGAGCAAUUCUUCGAAACUUUAUUUAUCGUACCUACAGGUCUGCAAAAUCUCCAGAAAAUCUAUGUCGUUGUUGCGCAUCGUAAAAAGUUAAUGGAUUUAGAAAAAAUGUUUUCAAAUGAUUAUUGCAUUCCACGCAAUGUCGAAGAGUUGUUAAUACAAAGAAAAUACGACGAAAAUAUCAGGAUUCUUACGUUAUCUUGUAUCAUUCUGAUGAACUUGACUGUUGCAAACUUAAUUGCAUCGCCUUUGUUUGAUGCGUAUUUUACUACAAUGAAUACUCGUACAUUGCCCAUGAGAAUUUGGUUACCCUACAAAAUGGAUUUGAAUAUUAUUUUUUGGCUCACUUUUAUUCAACAGUCUGUAGGAGUUAUAUUUGUAGGAUACUGUAUAAUCAGUACCACUCUGAUGAUCAAUGGAUUUAUGUAUCACGUCUGCUGUCAGUUCAGGAUUCUCAGUUGCCGUUUCAAAAAGUUGCCCCAGGUCAUUGAUUACUUCCGGUCAUUGAAGAAACCUUACAACGUGAUUUAUCAGUAUGAGCGACGAGCUAUAAAGCAAAAUGUUCAGCACCAUCUCUGUAUAUUUAGGAUUGCAGAAAAUAUUAACGAUACAUUCAAGUCGGUUAUAUUUCAGCAGUUUUGCAUAAGUUCCAUUGUUGUUUCAGCAAGUAUUUUUCAGUUGUCAACAAGACAAGAGAUUGACAUGGAAUUCUUCAUGGUUUUAUUUUAUCUAAUUUGUGUUCUUGUUGAUUUUUAUAUUUAUUCUUGGUUUGGCAAUCAGCUUAUGCUGGAGAGUUUAAAUUUCCAACGGUCCAUUUAUGAAAUAGAUUGGACAACUUUAAGUACAAAUGCUGGCAAAGAUUUAGUUUUUAUAAUGAUGAGAGCAUCGAAGCCAAUCUUGAUGUAUUGUGGACAUUUUGUUGUUUUAUCUCUGGAAUCAUAUGUAGGCAUUCUAAAGGUAUCUUAUUCUGUUUUGAAUCUGUUUAGAAGGUCGAAAUAA